AAGUUUUGUUCUAACUACUAUCAUGAGGUAGAAAAUUUAGAACCAAACAAAGAUAAUGUAGAAUACAUAAGAUCUGCCAUGGAGCUUCAGUGUUCUAUUGCAGGUUGCAUCUCAUGUAAUUAAACAUUCAGUGACAUGGAACAGCAUUUUGAUCAUAUGUUGACGCAUCUAGAUCAAACUUCUGAAAAAUGUGAUUCAAAUCCUGAAACUAAAUUAAAAGAAACUGAAGGGAAUUUUGCUACACCAUUUCACUGCACUGUUUGUAACUGCCUUCUCGUUUCUUCAGAUGUUUUAGAAUAUCAUAAACAGUUUUGUAAUAAAGUCAUGCAUAAGGAAUCAAAUAGUGACAUAAAUGCAAUUAAGUCUGCUUUAAGACUUAAUUGUGCUUUAUCAGCAUGUAUUUCUUGUAGUUCAUUAUUUGACAAUCUUGAACUUUUUACUGAGCACAUGAUUCUUCGUCCUACAGAAUCAGCAAACGAGUCCAUCCAGAAUGAAACCACUGAUAAAAGUCCUCUCGAUGAAAUUGUGCCUUUAAAAGAUCACAUUGCUGAGGUUGAAAAACGUGCAUCAAUCGAUGCUAAUCUGUCUGUAGAUUCAUUAUUGGAUGAGUUAGGUGAAAAUUGCUCAGACUCUUUUGUUUCUAACAACAUAACUGAACCUCAGAAAGCUUUAGAUUUUUCUGAUGCAUUCUCCUUAGUGACAAAUUCAGCUGAGGCAAUUGUUCCUGAUUGCCCAGUACCUGCCAUUUCUGUUGAGAGUACAAAUGAAGUUGCUGAUUAUACACUUGAAAAAUUACGUAGCAAAUUUUCAGAGUUACUUUAUAUUCUAGUUAAGGACCCUGAUUUGAUGCAGAAGUUAGGAUAUGGUAAGGAACUAAUAGAUGAUGUUCUUAUCAAAGUGUUGCAACACGUUGAACAACCACCUAUUCUAGAUGACCAGGCACCAGAUUUGGAACGUUUACGGAAAAACAUUCUUAUUCUUUUGAAUUUUUGUCUUCAUGCCUCAAUUAUGGAAGUUAUUUCUACUGGAAAAGCUUCUACUGAUGAAAUGGUUGAUGCAGCUCUUAAGAUACUAAGAUAAACUAUCACUGCCAUGUAAAUAUCUAAACACAUUUUUUAUGUUGUUCAUCAUUUACCUUUGAACAUGCGUGAAUGUUCUUGAUUUUUCAUCCUUCGCUAUUGGUAAAUGUUAUCACAUGUUUGCAGUUUUAGGCUAUUUUUAAAUAUAUUUUGACUUGUUUCAUAUGUUAUUUUUGUGGCACUCACGAUUUGAAAAGAGAAUUUGUAAUUGAAGUUAACUAGUUGACAAAAGAAAAGUUCAAAUAUAUACGCAAAUUGA